AUGGAAGGCAAAGAGAUUCGCCAACGGCAUGUGUCGGUGCCGCUGGACAUCGCAGAGCCUGAGCGCGACGAGACGCAGAGAACAAACAAGCGGCGUUUUGCUCUCCCAUUCUUAUUAUUGCCGCGGUCGGUGCUGCUGUCGCUCCUGCCGUUUCUGGCCAUCCUCGGGCUCUUUGCGCGCCUCUUCUUCACCUCGACUGAGCUGCUCCUCCUCCCAGUAGCACGUCGCCAUCCAGAGCCAAGCGAGGCGUGGUUAGAUAUCGACAAUCGAAUCCAGCAGAAUGGAUUGUUACAUCCGGAGGAACAUGCCUAUCGUGCAGCUACGACGCAGACCCUAGACUUGCGGGUCGCCACUGAACAGCGACGUCCGGAUGGUGUUUUGAAAAAAGUCUUUUUGAUCAACGACUUGUUUCCUGGCCCGACCAUCGAGGCUCGAUCAGGGGAUACCUUCAACAUUCUCGUGCACAAUGACGUGAAAGACGAGGAGAUAUCUAUGCACUGGCACGGCCUCGAGAUGAGAGACGCAAACUCCAUGGAUGGCAGUAUUGGAGUCACCCAGUGCGGCAUCCCGCCCGGCCAAUCCUUUUGGUAUAAUUUCACCAUUUCUCCCGACCAAAGUGGCACAUUCUGGUACCAUGCGCAUUCCAGCGUGCAAAGAGUCGAUGGGCUGUAUGGGGGAUUGAUUGUGCACAAGCCUGCUACCACACUGUCUCUCGAUAGAUUUGGACGAACCAAGGAGCAAAGAAAUGACGCCCUGGCAGACCGCUCCAAGUAUAACUACGGUGAAGAACUGCUAUUGCUGAUUGGAGACUGGUAUCAUCGCCCGGCCCGGGACGUGGCCAGCUGGUACCUGUGGUGGGGGUCUAUGGGAUUCGAGCCAGUUCCAGAUUCCAUACUGGUAAAUGGUGCUGGUCGAUUUAAUUGUUCCAUGGCAAUGCCGGGUCGGCCUGUUGAUUGCAUUGGAGACGCCAAUGACAUGCCACCGAUGGUUUUGAAUGGGAAAGGCUCGUAUAGAUUGAGGAUUGUGAACACGGGGUCUCUUGCCGGGAUUACGGUUAGCUUUGCAAAAGAAGCACUCAAAGUUAUUACGCUUGACGGCGGGAUACCUGUGGAAACACAGUCGGACGAACACAAAUCGUCUGCAGGAAUAUUAUUCCCAGGUCAACGCAUGGAUGUUAUUUUACGCCCAGUGAAAGGGGAGAAUUCAAUGGAGCCUUCCUUGGUGACUGUGGAAUUGGAUGAAUCAGACUUUAAAAUCGGCAACCCAUCUCUGCAACCACGGCAAUCGUUUCCUGUGCUAAAGUCGCCAAAGCAUGUCGAUAGAACAUCCGUGGUCACGACCGACUCCGACAACGAUCGACACAUCAACAUUGAAAAAGUCCCCUCGGCGAGCUCUGUUCGGGCAAUGAUACCCCCCAAAGCACAGCAAACGCAUCUCGUUUACACCAAAGUCGAGAAACUCUCCCGACUAGCCAAUAUCCCACAUGGCUUCUUCAACCGCACAACAUGGAAAGCGCAGAGCGACCCACCGUAUCCCCUCGCUGGUCUUGCGCGCAAGCAAUGGGAUAACCAUCAGCUUACUGUUGCGACAGGGCCAGAGCCAGUAUGGGUGGAUUUGGUUGUAAACAAUCUCGACGAAGGGGCCCAUCCAUUCCAUCUUCACGGCCACAAUUUCUACAUUCUCGCACUGCACGAAUCGACAUAUGGCUGGGGCUCAUAUAACCCCUGGGACGAAAAAUCACGCCUCGCUUUUUUUCCCACGGACAACAAUCCCAAAGACAACAACCACAAUGCAGACCCGUACGACCUCAGCCAGGCAGUGCUCCGCGACACUGUCCAGAUCCCGCGACGCGGAUACGCAGUUCUCCGGUUUCGCGCGGAUAAUGCUGGUGUGUGGUUGUUUCAUUGUCAUGUCAUGUGGCAUUUGGCUGGUGGUAUGGCUAUGAUUGUGGAUGUGAUGAGCGCAGACGACUCUACGGCGCAUCAGCCCUGGCUAUCGGCAACGGAGGAGUUGAAAUGUAGUGUUUAG